UGUUUUUUGGCUUUGAAGACAUAAAUCAUGUGAAAUUCGCAAUUACAAUAAUAUUAAUAUGUAAUUAAGAAUAAUAAGUGUAAUUAAACAUAAAUUAUGUUACAAAAAUUUUGAACAGUAAUCUUAUAUUUUGUCCAAAUGUCCGUUACAUUGGGUAAACGAUGUGUUUGUAUUUACUAUCAGUCGUUUGGUUGCGCGUACGCCAUGAACCCGCCUUUUAUAUUACUAAAACUUUGUAUUCUUUUAUCCAUUUCUGUGACAGUGAAUUCAACAAUCAAUAGUAAUACAAAAAUCGAACUACCCUCAUUUCUUAUCAGUUGUUCGCUAAACGAUAUUAUAAUAAUAUCAGCACCAAUAGUCAAUGAAAAAGCGCGGUAUUUUUUAUAUAAACCAAAUGGUGAUGUCAUCAAAUUGCCUGAAUUCCAAUCGAAUAACAAGACUGUUACAAAUAAUGAUAAAAUUAAUGACACAAUCAUUAAUAUGACAAAUUAUCGAGUAUUUAACGUAAAUGAUCCGAAAUAUAAUAAUACAAAAGAUAUUUUUAAUGAUAAUUUAAUGAAAAUGGAUGCUAUGGAUUUUAUGUUAGGGCCAUUAGGAGAAGAUGACUAUGGAAAUUGGGUUCUAAGUGCUUUUACAGACCUUCAUGGAGACGCUAAAGAGUACUUCCAAGUUAUCACUAUUGAAAUCAUAGAAAAUGUUCCAAUAGAACCUCAGUUUCCGAAACUAAGCGAAGGAAGUGAUUUUAUAUUGAAAUUCGCAUAUCCUAUUAAAUAUUUAGAAUCUUGCGAACUAAAAGUGCCAAAGACAUUGAGUGACCGGUAUUAUACCAGAACUGGGAAUAAUGUGAACUCUUGUGAAUUUAUUGUGCCAAAUAUUACUAGAGAAGAUCAGGAAUGGUGGUACAUUAUAGGCGUUGGUAGAAUUGUGUAUAAAACUAAAGUGUAUUUAAAGGUUAUUAAUAAAAAGACGUAGCAAACUUUGUUAAUAUAUUUUUUAUAAUCUGUUAUGUCAAAGAAUUUAUGAGGUAUAGAAUAGUAUUCAUGCAUUCGUGAGACAUUAUAAAAAACGGCUAAAACACAUA